AUGCGCAUGGCUACGUUUGUCCCCUAUUUGACUGCUCUCUACUGCUUGAGUUUAGUCCAUGCUCAGUCACAGUUGUUAAUCGAAAUCGACAGGGAUCCGAGUUUAGCGGUAGAGGACGACCUUAAACUGCCCAGAAAUACUGCUGAAUGCCCUAUUGAUGGAAAUAAUAAUGUAUCUCCUUCAUGUAGUAAAUAUAACGCUCAGAGACUCGGAGGUUGUUGGUGUAAAUGUAACAGACCCGCAGGAGAAAAGUACACUUUCUUUGAACCGACCAAUUCUUGCUUGAAGGUCAGCUUGGCUCGUCAGAGAUCAGGUAACUUAGUUUCAUUUGGUGCGCUUACUUACAUUACCUUUUAAUUGAUGUCUUCUCAUUAAUUUAAGUUACAAAGUUGGCAAAAUAUUAACUAUCCGAUUGUCCCAGGUGACAAACAAAUGUCUAAAGGAGGAUCGAUUUAGCUAGUAUUCAAUUUGGUGUUGCUAAUUAACCAGAACGUAUGUUUCGCGGAGUCAAUUUCUAGAAUCGUGAAAUCCGUUAAUUAAUACAAAGGCAACGAUAUAUAUUUCCUUUUGAGUUAACUUGCUAGCUGUAUUGUAGAAAAUGAUUGUGUGGGAAUGGAUUUUAUUGAUGGUAGAGCUAUUAUGUCAAAAUUUGGCCCUUGGUCUGUUGCUAUCGGUCUGCCAAGCAUGCAGCAGUCAAGUGAAAUUUAAAAUAUGUAGAUCAAAUUUAGGUUUAAUUUUUCUAUCAAACGCAUGACAAUCUUCAGUCACCGAGUAGUGUUAUUAAAAUUCUCUAGGGAGCUUCUUUACCAUUUUGUCCGCUAAUUUGCUUAAAUUACACCAUAACAUUCUUUAGAAAAUACAUUGAUUGUAAAGGAAAAUUAAAAUCCUUAAUUUUUCAUCAGGAAAACGUAUUAUAGCAAUAUCUCAAUUUUUCUUGAAAUGAUCAAGGAAUACAAAGAACGACAAAUUUUGCUUCCUAUGUCCCUGUUAAACCCGUGUCACUAUCCAAGGACUUUGUUGUUAUACAGCUCACACACCAAGGAUCGAGAAAAGGUAUAUCAUAACUCUUUUCUCCCUGAUCUAAAAUAUUUCAAUAUUUGACACUUUUAAUUAAAAUAUACAUACUUUAAAAAGUAUAACAGUUGAUUACCUCGAUUACUUUGAAAAUUAUAUAUAGACAUUUUUUAUUUCACUUUUUAAAAACCAUUAUGACGAAGGAAGUUGCGUGGGCAAGUUUUAGUACUCUUAUCGGUUUACUAGGUUCGCGAUUUUUAGUUCAAUUGAUUUAAUUAUUUUUUUCUAAUUAAGAUAUUGAAGCAUUGAUGCUGUACAGAAGCUACUUGUCGUAAGCCCUGUGCGGUGAACGAGCUUUUUGCUUUUAAAAGCAAGUUUGCAUCUUUGCGCGCAAUCUUCAUUCCUCGUGUAUCAUGUACCAAAUGAAAGGGCUUAAAACGAAACAACACAAGAAGAAAGUAUACCCUUAAUUCGUGCAGGCUCUUCAACAACAUAAUACAAGUGCCCGCCUAUAAUAACGAGGGCUAAAAUGCUUAUGUCAUUAACUUGUGCACAGAAUUUUGUUUCAAUCUUAGUGUAUAAAAAAGUAUGGCGUUCAUUAUGUUUAUGAUUAUGAGUAUGAUUAUUCUUCAUAAUUUAUUUGUUUUUCUACCAAAUCACUCUUUCAAUUUGUAAUUGAAAUCGUUACUUAACAUAUCAUACUGACUGGAUUCAUUAUGUUUAUGUAUUAUACCCACGCGUACCAACUCUUAAACAAUAUUUUGAUGACAGGUAAUCAGCGAAUACUCAGUCAACAUCUCAAUAUCAGGGUAUUUUCUUAUUUUAAUUUUUUAUUUAUAAAUCAGCGAGUACUAAAAUGGAGUCUUUCAAUUUAUGAUUUAACUAGUUAUUUCAUAUAUCCUACUGAUAAGAUUUAUUAUUUAAAAUUUCUUAUUUUAUUCUUUAUUAUCGGUAUUAUCAACACAGGUACCAACUCUUAACGAAUAUUUUGAGGACAGGCCAUCAGUAUAUACAAGGUCAUCAUUUUAAUAUCAGGGAAAGUUCUUAUUUUAAACUUUUAUUUAUAAAUCAGUAAGCACCAAAAUGGAUUCUUUGGUUGUUUACCGUUGGCCAAAAUAUCAAGUUUGCUUGGAACGUUUAAGGAAGGUCCAAUUUGGUCUUUGGAACGGGAAGUUUAAUAAAACCAGAGUUUUCCGUAGGAAGGCAGUGGAGUUGGAAGACUCCUUCCUCCUCAAUCUAUGGAUGGUAACCAAGCUCGCAAAAGAGCUAAUUAAGAGCUCUGACUCACUGAAAACAACCGCAAUUGCUUAAAGGUAGCUGGAGCGAUAAAGGGAAUGCUACAUAGCGAUCAAUAUUAGUUAAGAGUCACUGUAUUGUUAUGUUUUCUCCUUUGUAUGCCGGAUUAGAGGCGUAUUCCAACGAGUCCAAUUCAAUUCUAUGCUUUCGAACUUUCUUCGGUCUUAUAUCUGUCUAAACGUACUUUAUAUCUCAGUAACGCUUUUUGUUUGGCUUAAGUAAAGGUAAUAGGAUACAGAAUUCCAGCACUGAAUUAAUUCGUUUCCCAUCAAUCUAUAAUUGGCGUAUUCACUCAAUCUUCGCAUGUGCAAGGAGAUCGGCUCUGAGGCAAGGCGUGAUGAGCCUCACAGAAUGCUAAUUACCUUGGCAGUCCGACUUUGGAGCCUGUUAGUAAUGGCGGCUCUCUUACUCACUUUUCACUCACUAGGGUAUCGCUUUCUUGCUAUUAUUGCUGGUUCGUAGGUGAAGCCACAGAGACCAUGUUGGUUGUCAAGAACAAAAGCAUUUCUCCCCUCUGGGAACUAAACCCAUUUUUAUUUAAAUUCUUCCAAAAGAAUUUCACCUUAUUGACCACGAACAUGGCCGCCUGGUCACGUGUUUGCAAACCAAGAAUUGGUUGGUGGAAUGUUCUUUAAUAGCGUCCCAAUUUAUUCAAAAACUAAGAACAAUAACAACUUUAAAUAACAGGGUUGGGAAGCAUUGCUUAUGCUAAUAAAUUGAGAAAAUGAAGCACACAGAUCAAGUGUCCACUUGCGAUCAGGAUGCAGCCAACCAAACCCACUGUGCUACUGUUAAAAGUUUAAGAAUCGUAGAAAAUACAUAUAUCUUCCUCAUACGUAGUAUCACUGAAUCAUGUGACCAUAGUUAAUAGACUGGAUUGGUUAUGAAACCUGUCAGACUAGUCCUUUGUUUUUGUGGACCUCACGGUGCACAACGUUCAAUAGCAUUCCUAGCAUUUUGAUCUUAGGGUCUGUUUACAUGGAGGUGGGAGACUCAAGGUAGGUGAGGUAACCCGCUUAGGUGGGGUAACCCCCCCCUGUCCAUAUAAUAUCUCAAAUUAACUCGAUCACGUUUACAUGAUAGGUGGGGUGACCCGCCACAUGUUACCUCACCUAUCUGGGGUCCCCCACCUCCAUGUAAACAGGCCCUAAGUGACAAAUAAACGCGUCCCAAAAAUUUAUUCCGUCACAAUUUGCCAAUAGAAAACAAAGAUUAUGCCCUUUCAGGGAGCUUCCAACAUAAACUGCGCACCGUUUUGUUGUUUUUGUUGUCUUUCAUGACUAGUCUCCUCUAAUAACUAUGAUGCGACAUAAGAGGUAGUGAGACUUCUGACGGAAUUCCGAAUAGACCAUUUUACAGUGUUGUGGGCUUAGUACCCUAGCCUCUGAGGUACGUGAGGCUGAGGUUGCCCUUGUUUUGAUACAAACCUCCUUCAUUUUCUUAUAAAAAUUAUGAUAGGAAAAAUGUUUGAACAGGAAUAACAUGAUUAAAGGAGGAAGGGUUGUAUCAACACAAGGUCAAUUCCAGCCUCGUUUCCACUUGUAACUGUAAAAUGGGCUAUGUGUAACAGUUUUAUGCAGUUUAUGCAUUCACGAUUGAUAAGCAUGCAUUCCUCUAUUGCCUCCUCUUCAGUGAAUUUGUUAUUAUUAUGAUGAUGAUGACGAUGAUGAUGAUGAUGAUGAUGAUGAUUGCUGUUGUUGUUUCUAGUGUAAUCCUGGUUUCAAACUUUCGUAACUUUGAUUUGAGUCUAAGUCUAAGUAAGUUUUGCCGGCGAGGCUAUCGCGCAUUCGUGAAUCGUUUGAGGAAUAUGCUUGCUUAAUAUUUUAUCAGUUUUUUCCCUCGCGAAGCGCCGAGCGAAGUGAGUUUAUAAUCUCGUCGCGCGCAAAGGGCGCGCGCAGUGUGUGAACCGCGUGUGGGUCCUAGCGAGCUGCAAAGUCGCAGCUCUCAUCUUUACUUGUAUAUAUCCGAUGGUGUCCGCCAUGAUGUCAUACAGUAGUUCGACAUCACGGCGCAUUUUUGUUUCUAGGCAACAUUGGACUGAAAGCGAUUUCGAAUUGCCAUCAAUGACCAAAGUAUUCAUGAAUAGCUGUCUUUUCGUCGUCUGCAAAACAAUGUUUACUAUCGGUGAAUCUCAAGCAAUUUUUCAUGCAAACAGAACAGCAAACACAAGAACGCCGAAUUGUCAAUCCUCGCAGGGGAAGAUUUGGUUUGAUUUUUAGGUACAACAGUUUUGUUAUGUUUCUAUAUAUAGCUUACAUUUUUUAGAUUUACAAAUUUUCUUCUCGGCUUUACUUGCCGUUCCCCCGAAGUCCUUCGCGAGGUCCUGCGAUUUACGUAUUUCUAGUAGCUUUUAUGAAAAUAACAUCGUCGGUCUUCUUCACCUUAGGAUGUGAUUUACUUUUCACUGGCAAUAAAGCUGACGGGGCAUUGAUUUUUAUUCCGUCAACGGGUGUUACUAAGAAAACCAUCAACGUCCCUGCCAACAAGACAUGCAGCUUUUACUUUGGGGAGAAACUCUACGCACAUUACAUUGGUUGCGACGGAGCCUGGAGGGAGAUCCCACCAAACAGUGUAAAUGAGAGUUUAGAGGUCACUCCUGGUUGGAACACAAGUCAGCUGCAACUCGCGGUGGGUAUAAAGGGUACUGAAUAACACUUCAUGCGAACACGCUUUUUGACAGCCUAUGCCCUAGGCGUUCACUCUUGCCCAGUUCUCUGCGCAAAGUCUGGUGAAGGCAAGUCUCUCUCGGUGUCCUCACAACUCGCGGUAGAGUCCAGGUUUGACCAUGCCAAAAACGCCUAGAGACAAGGUUAGCUUGUUGACAUUUCUGUAAAUGGUACAGUAGCAACCGCCAUUUAUGACCUUCUCCACAACAUGCAUGAUCUCGGCUCCAGGUCAUUUUUCCUUAUUCAACGACUCCUUGUUAUAUAGCCUGCGAAUACAACCGCUCACCUCUCGUCGGUUUCCUGCCGCUCGCGAAACGGCGGUUUCAAUCGACAUGCAGCCAUGAAAGACGGCUGUAUUCGCGGACUACUUGUAUAUAUGACAACCCGUCACUACACUCGACAACGGCAAGGGAAUUUAGUAAUAGACUAGCCCACCUUGUCACGACCUAAUUUCCAUGUUAUAAAAAGAUGUCGUAUGAAACGAUCAAACAAACAAAUAAACAAUAGACAAACAAAUCAAAACAAAGACAGCUUAACAUAUUUACUGCUCAACCAUUAAAUCGCAUAACAAACAAACAAACAAACUCGAAAGAAAGAAAAAAAAAAACAAACAACAACAAGAAAUGCAGCUUAACAGAUUUGCAGUAUUUUUUAGUUAGCUGCUGAUAGUGUAUUCCAUUUCUUUUUUCCUUUCUAGACAAUAGUCAACAGUUCAUCUUUCCUUCUCUCGAACCCUGGUCGGAUCUUUAGAGUAGCAGUACAGUGUCGCCAUUUACAUAACAACACAGUCGACAGCACAUGCGUUAUGUUCAAGGUUGCAGGCAGAAUACAGUGUAAGACUUCUAAUGGAUGUACAUAUCAAACUGAUUGAAAAUUUGAUGGAAAACAAGCAAACAAACUAGAAAAAAGGUCAAGCGUUGCAUGAAAUGAGCACUAAAUGAAACAAUCAUUUGCAAAUUGGGCUGAUUCCACAGAGACUAAAAACGUUACCUGUAGGCAUUUAAUCUUUUGUUUCACUACUAUUCACUAUUCACUGAGUGGACCGCGAUCUUUAAGAUAAUCACCAUACUCAGCUUACCACUGUGAAUAGCUCCUUUUCUUCUGUUGAUCCACAACAACAGUACCAAAAAAGAUUGCGCUUAACUUGUAAAUUGCCAAAACAACUAGAUAUAAAUUUCUAGCGACUAAGCAUGGGCACCACACUAAUUAUGGCUGAUUAUAAGCUAAACUUACUAUCUUUGAAAAUGUUUAGGUCCGAUCCCUCAACAGCCUCCGUUAAACCAAUCCGCAACUCUACCACCUCCAAUUGUUGAAAUAACCAGCACCACGGCCACACCAACGCGUCCAACAACCACUCAGGCAGAAAACAUAACCACAGGCACUCCAGCUGUGGUCACAACUGAGGUUAGU